AACUGCAUAGAUUUAAAUGUGUUGAUAUUUCACAACUACCAGGAUGACGCAGAUGCAAUACGCUAUUUCGGAGCCCAAUUAUCUUUACAAAACAGCCGAACCGAUGUAUGAUGAUGAUAGCUUUAAACAGUUGAUAAUUUCCAUUAUUUAUUUGAUGGAUAGGAUGAGAUGAACAGUUGAUUGAAGAAUUGAAUGCUCCACCUGUAUCCACAUCGCAAUCGAAUACCUCAACAUGCCGGCCAGUAUCGAAGGUCCACUAAAAGCUCAGAUGUCGACCCUGAAUUCUUUCAGGAACGAGGAAUGUGUUAGCAAUACAGCUCCGACAGGGACUUGCGAAGUUGCUGGUCCAGGUUUCAAUGACACCUGUACUAGCUUAACAUUUACCAUGACGUGUAUGGGGUUUAAACUCGCUAAUCUUCCGGAUGCCGGAAUGACAAUUAUGGUAGUGGGCCGGGAGUGUAGCGCAUCGCCGGAAGGCACCGGGGACACCUGCCGCAAAACGGAUACACUUGUAGACGCCGAGAGACAAGCCGCUAUCUUACAGUCUCUCAAGUUAUUAACCACACAAUUUGAUUCCGUCGAAUACAAUGGCGACUACUGCACCUCAACAACCACAACAGCCACAAGCGGUUCAUCGACGAUGAUAUUGAUGCCGUCAGUUUGGGUUUUGUUAAUUGCUUCGUAUCUUGUGUAAAUGCAUAGAAGGAUGUGUAAAUCCAGUGAAGCAAAUACUUCCUUUUUUAGGGAUUUCGAGCAGUUUGUAAUCAUCUUAUUGUGUGUAUGGACGUUGUUGAUGAGAUAACUCUGCAUGUUUUUGUUCCUGUGAUUAUUUGUUUUAGUUUUCGGUCUAUUCUUUAUGUUAUUAUACAAAAUAACAUAACCAAGUUAGUUUUGUACUAUUCGCAUUCUCGUUGCGAAAAUUAGGAUGGAAAUAAAAUUUGACUACCUGUUUUCUUUGUGCAUUUUGAACAUCUUAGAUAGCAGUUGUAUAUUGAAUCAAAUUUGCUUAAAUGUGUUUAAAGUAAUAUCCUUGCCUUUGUA